GCGGCGGGGUUUCGGUGCGCCUCUCCCUCCCGCAGGGGAGAGGGCGUGGGCUGCGGCGCGAUCCCCCACCCCGGGGUCGUACCGGGGGUCAGAAUCCACCGCGCCGCAGGAGAAGGAAGCGGGUCUGAUCUUAUGUCUUCAAUGGAGGUCAACUGCACUGGCCAAGGAUGAAGAGCAGUCCUCAUAGGCCCCUGAUACUCAAGAGACGGAAAUUGCCUCUCUCCCAUGGGGAUGUGUCUAGCAGCACCCUUGCAGGACAGGACUCCAGCGGACAGGGCAAUGGGUCCCUUAGCCAACAGCAAGCAAGGACAGUUGAGCACAGCACAAACAGGAAGACACUUGAAACCCAGAAAUUCCCUGCUGGGAUUAAGAUAAUUAGCCAUCCUGCAAUGCCAGUCACUCCGGUGAUGGCCUUCCCUGCUGGCACAGAUGUCCAAACCAUCAUUGAAGCUCUGGCAGCCAAAAGGAAAGAAUGCGGAAGCAAUGGGCCUAAUAAAUUUAUUAUCAGUAGUGGCAGCAGCUCUCCAACUCUUGAAGCAAGAGAACUGAGCCAGCUGUUGAAAUCUGAAGAUGAGCACAGCAUUCCCUAUAACAAGGUUCAGGAAGAAGAAGGUGCUGGCCUAAGCUCUGGGGCAUUGAAAGGGAUGGCAUUUUGGGCCUCGGAAUCACAAUCUACGGAAGGAGAAGAAUCGGAAGGAAACAGCAGCGGGGAAGCUCCAAGCUGUGGCCUAGACAGCAGUCUGACCAACAUCCAGUGGCUGGGCAAGAUGAGCUCCGACGGCCUGAGUCCCUGCAGUGUGAAAAAAGAAACGGAGAAGGAGAACCAGACUCCGAAGCAGGAAACGGCCGUCAAGAUUGAGGAGGGUGCUGCACCUUCCUCCUCUACCUCCUUUCUGCAGGAGUCCUUCGCUGAGCGACCCCCCUACUCCUACAUGGCCAUGAUCCAGUUUGCCAUCAACAGCACUGAGAAGAAGCGCAUGACGUUGAAAGACAUCUACACCUGGAUUGAGGACCACUUCCCUUAUUUUAAGCAUGUGGCGAAGCCAGGCUGGAAGAACUCCAUACGGCACAAUCUGUCCCUUCAUGACAUGUUUGUUCGGGAGACAUCUGCCAAUGGCAAAAUCUCCUUCUGGACUAUUCAUCCCGAAGCAAACCGCUAUCUGACACUGGACCAGGUAUUCAAGCAGCAAAAGCGGCACACUCCAGAUCUGCAGAAGAACAGUGGCGGCACAGCGGGGAGCAAGAGCCAGCCGCAGCCUGCACGACGCAAAAUGAAGCCGUUGCUGCCCCGUGUCAAUUCUUAUCUGGUUCCAAUCCAGUUUCCUCUGAGUCAGUCUCUCAUCCUUCAGCCUUCUGCCAAGAUUUCGCUGCCUGUCUCCCAAAGUGUCUCUGAUCCUGCCCAGAGCUGCAAGAGGGUACGCAUUGCUCCAAAGGUAUUGCCAACUAGCGUGAAGCCAACCCCCUUCUCACCUGAAAUCUCCAUAAAAGAGGAAGUUUUUUGUGGGGAAGAAUCGUCUCUGUUUGCUUCUCGCCAGUCCGCCAAGGAAGACGCGUGUCAGGUCGGCAUAGAAUUGUUCCCUGCAGUCCUGUCUAUAAAAAAGGAAAGUGACUUUUUCCAUUCCGGUGAAUGGGCCCUUCCAUUCCAACCAGCGUUGCCUAUGGAAGAAUCACCAGUGCAGGAUGAGGCACAGCUGAGCUUGUUCCUCCCGGGACCCGAAAAGCAGAAGGGGCAGCUUGCAGCUCUCCAGCAGCCGCCAUCCCAGGAGGCGCUUGGCACAAAGAGGCAUGAAUGGCAUGAGAUCAGCAGAUCCAGAAGGAAACAGCACUUGUCCCUCCCUUGUCUGGAAGAGCCACUCCUGCCCCUGCAAUCCAGCAGUGGUUCAGAUUCAUUCACACUAGAACACAGUUUUCCCUCUGGACAAGGAGGCCCUUGUCUAGGAAACGCAGCCCACCUUAACUUCUCUUGUGGGGAAUAUGGCCCAUUGAAAACUCCAAUUAAAUGGGAAUGUGGCCCAUUGAAAACUCCAGCUUCUUCCACCCCUUGUAAAAUGCCCACUCCCAUCGCUUCCCUGUUAGUUCCUGAUCCCUGGAGACUGGUACCUUUAGUCAAGGAAACUAGUGAACAGGAUUUCAGCCCCAGGAGAAGCCCUCCAGUACCAUUACUUUACCCCCAGGAGAACUUAGACAUUAGCAGUUCUGUGAGACCAUCCAUGUUUGAUUCCCCUCAGCCUCUGCUUCUAAAUACAGAAGCUCAUGACGUGGUCUUGGGACCGUUGAUGAGCUCUCCUGCAUCCAGCAACUACUCACCUCCAGAGUUUCAAGCGUCUGUCCUCUCUGAAAACUGCUCACUCCGAGACGGCCUAGUCCCAGAUACCAUGAAUGACAGUUUGAGCAAAAUCUUGCUCGAUGUCAGUUUCCCUGGCUUUGAUGAGGACAAUCUGGGGACUGAUCUCAGCUGGUCGCAGUUCAUUCCAGAUCUGAAGUAAUCCAAUGGCGCUUAUAGAUUCUGAGGUCAACUUCAUGCAACAGGUUGUGCUUUGUUAACUAAGCCCUCAGCUGUGAUACAUACUUGGGUGACCCAUUCAUAGGGUUUGCCAUGGGCUGGCCACAGGCUGCUUGGAGUUCCAGUGGAUAUUGCUCUGGGCUUGGCAGAGGACUGAGAUUGGUCAGAGCAAAAGGGAAAACUCGGUCACUUCCUUCUGACACGUGGAAGGGGAAACCCCAUUUCCUAUUUGUUGCCUUUCUGUUUACAUGAGUGUCUGGUCUGUAAAUAUUUGCACUUCGUAGAAGUUUGGGGGAUCAGGUGCAUCCUGAGUUUUUGUGUAAGGCAGAAAAAUUGGGCAGGUUCAACUUGUCAUUGGAAGAGUAGGAUUAAAAGCUGAGUUUGGCCUUGAGUCUAAGUGUAACUAACCAUUCGCUUCGGAGGCUUAUGGAGAUGCGUGUUGUUUUUAGUUAGCCUGGCCCUGUUUCCUCAAAGAAUUUGAGGCACAGUUUAUAUCUCUUUGCCUCGAAUACACAUAUAUAUUGAUAUGCAAAACCCAGCAUUAGGGAGCCACCCUAGUUCUUUCCGGCCUUGUAGAAAUAGCUGCUGAAACAUUUCUCCACAGGAUGUGUUUGUGCCACAAAAAGCUUCCAUCACUUAACAAGUGAAGGUCCUGUUGAGCGGACAGGACCUGGGGGGGGGGGGGGAAUUCCUUUUAACAGAAGACUGAAUUGCUUCAUCUGUUGACAGUCGAAGAGGGAAUGCGUCUGAAGUGACAGUGUAGAGCACUUUCUCCUAACUAAGGUUUCCUGAAUGGAAAUUCUGACUUCUCCGCAGUGUGAGACAAGGGCACGAAAGUGGUCCACUUGCACCCUCCAGUGGCCAUCCCAGAGCAGUCCCCAUCCAUAUGGUCAAGCCUAAUAGCUCAGGGCCAUAGGGCCAGGCUACAGGCAGGUUUUAGAAAUCCUGAAGCAAGCAGCUAAAUGCUGUCUUUCUGAGCACCUCAUCAUACCUGGCAAAAUUAGUGCUGUGGGCUUUACAGAUGGAUCCUGAAAUCGGGACAGGAGGGGAUGAAGUGCACUAAGGGUCUCUAGACAUUUUUCUUCACAUUAUAAAUAUGUACUAGUGCAAAUUGUGCCCCUUCUCUAUAUUGUAUUUUUAAAAAUGAAAACAAGUGUAAUUUUGUAUUAUGAACAGGCAGUGCCUUAAAAAAAACAGGAACCGCACACAACUGCUUCAACCGUACUCUUCGUCUGAGUCUUUUAACAGCCUAUGCAAUAAAGCCACAGCAGAUGCA